UGCUCCGCCCGCGCUCACACUGGGCCAGAGCUAGAAGAGCUGAGCCCGGGCUCGCAGCUCCCAUCGACCGAGUGCCGGCUCGGGUCCCUGCUGCGCCUGCCCUGACCUCCGGCCGCCCGCUCAGCAAUGAGGGUCUUGAGUGCGCGCUGUCGCGUGCUGCUGGCCUGCGUUGUCCUGGUGCUGCCAGUCUCAGAGACAAACUUUUUGUCAAAGGAACGAGCUUCACAAGUCCUGGUGAGGAAGCGCCGUGCAAAUUCUUUGCUUGAAGAAACUAAAAAGGGCAAUCUCGAAAGAGAAUGCAUUGAAGAACUCUGCAAUAAAGAGGAAGCCAGGGAGGUCUUUGAAAAUAAUCCCGAAACGGAUUAUUUUUAUCCAAAAUAUUUAGCUUGUCUGGGCACAUUCCGCGGUGGCGCAUUCAGUGCUGCGCGUCAGUCUGUUCAUACCUACCCUGACCUCAGGAGCUGUGUCAAUGCCAUCCCAGACCAAUGUGACCCUCUUCCAUGCAAUGAAGAUGGGUAUCUGAGCUGCAAAGAUGGCCAAGCUGUUUUCACAUGCAUCUGUAAACCAGGCUGGCAAGGAGAAAAAUGUCAAUUUGAUGUAAACGAAUGUAAAGAUCCUUCAAAUGUAAAUGGAGGCUGCAGCCACAUUUGCGAGAACACUCCUGGAAGUUACCACUGCUCCUGCAGAAGUGGCUUUGCCAUGCUCUCAAACAAAAAAGACUGCAAAGACAUGGAUGAGUGCUCCCUAAAGCCAAGUGUUUGUGGCACAGCUGUGUGUAAGAACAUUCCAGGAGACUUUGAAUGUGUAUGUCCUGAUGGCUACAGAUAUGAUCCCUCAUCAAAGUCUUGUAAAGAUGUGGAUGAAUGCUCUGAGAACAUGUGUGAUCAACUGUGCGUCAAUUACCCUGGAGGCUACUCUUGUUACUGUGAUGGGAAAAAAGGAUUCAAACUUGCCCAAGAUCAGAAGAGUUGUGAGGUUAUUCCAGUGUGCCUUUCCUUGAACCUUGACAAGAAUUAUGAAUUAUUAUACCUGGCCGAGCAGUUUGCAGGAGUUGUCUUAUAUCUGAAAUUUCGAUUGCCAGAAGUCACCAGAUUUUCAGCUGAAUUUGAUUUCCGGACGUUUGAUUCAGAGGGCAUUAUACUGUAUGCAGAGUCUCUCGAUCACUCAAAUUGGCUCCUGAUUGCUCUUCGAGAUGGAAAGAUUGAAGUGCAGUUUAAGAAUGAAUUUUCAACCCAAAUCACAACUGGAGGCAAUUUUAUUAACAAUGGUAUAUGGAAUAUGGUGUCUGUGGAAGAAUUAGAUGACAGUGUUAGCAUUAAAAUAGCUAAAGAAGCUGUGAUGAAUAUAAACAAACUCGGGAGCCUUUUUAAACCUACAGAUGGGUUUCUGGACACCAAAAUAUACUUUGCAGGUUUACCUCGGAAAGUGGAAAGUGCGCUCAUUAAACCGAUUAAUCCUCGUCUGGACGGAUGUAUACGAGGCUGGAAUUUGAUGAAACAAGGAGCUUUAGGUGCAAAGGAAAUUAUUCAAGGGAAACAGAAUAAGCAUUGCUUCCUCACGGUGGAGAAAGGCUCCUACUACCCUGGUUCUGGAAUUGCUCAGUUCAGCAUAAAUUAUAAUAAUGAAACCAAUGUGGAAGGUUGGCAAAUAAAUGUGACCUUGAACAUUCGCCCAUCCACUGGCACUGGAGUUAUGCUUGCUUUGGUUUCUGGGGACACAGUGCCCUUUGCCUUGUCCUUGGUGGACUCCGGCUCUGGAAAUUCUCAGGAUAUUCUGGUAUUUGUUGAAAAUUCGGUGGCGGCUCGAAUAGAGGCCCUAACUCUGUGCUCUGAACAGCAAUCCCAACUAAAAUGUAAUGUUAACAGAAAAGGACUGGAACUGUGGACAUCACUUAGAAAAGAUGUCGUUUACUCCAACGAUCUUCAAGGGCAACUGGCAGUCUUGGACAAAGCAAUGCAAGGGCCCGUGGCCACUUACCUAGGGGGCAUUCCAGACAUUUCCUUCAGUGCCACACCAGUGAACGCCUUCUACAGUGGCUGCAUGGAAGUGACCGUCAACGGUGCGCAGCUGGACCUGGAUGAAGCCAUUUCUAAACAUAACGACAUUAGCGCUCACUCGUGUCCGUCAGUUAGGAAAAUCCAGAACUUAUAACAUCUGUUUUCUCUUCUCUUGGUGUGAUUAUGCUCAUGUUUUUAUCACCAGCUGGCAGGUGUUACCCUUGAUGUGCAAUGUUUAAAUAUCAUGUGGUAUUUUGUCCUUCAGAUUUUUGUUAUAUACAUCACGUUUUAUAAAAAAAAAAAGUCUUUCUCCUAUUGCUGUCUAGAAAUUAAAUAAUGAAACACAUGAAAAAUUUAAAUUUAUUUGCUAUAAAUGAUCCUGCUUUAGUUUUUUUUUAUUUUAAAAGUAAAACUCAGCAUCAUUGGACUAGUAUUUAAAUAUAUCUAUUCUUCUCAGAAGAUGCCUCAGUUAAAUCCAAACAAAAGGUCAUGUGACUGAAUGUUAACAGUUGCAGAUAGUGCCUUUGCUGUUGUUUUCUGCCCAGGGAAGCAGCAGAGCUGACAGAUAGCACACUGUAUGCGAAUUGAAUAGAAAGUCCCAAAGCUUUAUUCCAAAGUAAUUCCUUGGAGUGGAGAGUCCCUAGCUCAAGCUUCAUUUUUUUUUUUUUUUUUUUUUUUUUAGCCUGGCUUUACACUUGAGCCUACACCUUCACUGAAUUAGAGAACAAGGGAAGAUUUUCACAAGAGCAGCACAAGGAAUGUUGCCUCGAAGGCAUUGGUUUCUAUCUGAGACGUCAGGUUAUGCCGUAAAGGGUGUGAACACUGGGUGGACACAUUCUUCAAACUAGGCUGUAGAGGCCACACUAGGUCUGAAUCAGAAAAGGAGCAGCCCUUAGGAGUGGAAAGGAGAGUAAAUGCAUGGGGUGAGGGAGGGAUUCACCCAUGAAUCCCUUUGGAUUUGGAUUUGGAUUUGGAUUCACCCAAAUUAAUUGGGUUUUAAUUACUGUAGGUGGCUUGAAUGUGAUUAUUGAAGUUAAAAAAUGAUGAAAUGUAGAGUAGACUUUUAAGAAAAGGAUAAUGAUAAGAGGGAUGCUGGAAACUGUUAUUUGUUCUGUCUUUGUAAUGAAAGAAGCACAGACAUAAAAUUGUCAAGCAUUUGCUGGUAGUGCAUUGCAUGUCCAGGCUGUUUGUUGUUCUUCCUAAAUUGAUUAUUUUAGGUGUGUAUCAGACAUUUUGUUGUCACCUGAGAAAUUGAGUUUUAUUUUACUGCAGAUGUUUUACAUCACAUGAAACAUAAUAAAAUGACAUGUAUUUUUAAAAUAUA